CCUUUUCCGUGUGUUUUGCCGAUAUUCUCUGCCCGUCUGGACUCCGGUAUGUUUUACUAUAUUGUUCGAUAAACCUCUGUCCCAUAGUGUCCAACAAUUUAGAUUUUGUUUCCCUACUGUGAUUUCUCAUCCGGACCCUGCACCAUACGUGCGAUGAAUUGAUCGGUUUCUUGGGCGAUUUCGUCUUGUCUCUCAUAUGCCAGUAGCGGUGCACCGACAAGCGAACGACACACCACCCCGAGAAUUGCCCACAGACGAUAGUUUGGCGCGUGUUUGGAUUUGGACGUCGACGGCCACUCGCGGACUUUCGCCAUGAUCACGACCGAGGUCUCGAAGACCGCCAUCAGCGCGGCCGCAGCCGGCAUAGCGGGCCUGUGCUUCGUCGGCUACUGCUUCUACUUCGACCGGAAACGCCGCAGCGACCCGAACUUCAAGUCGAACUUGCGCAAAAAGCGGCUGUUGGCCAAGGAACACGAGCUGGCGGCGCGGGCCGCCAAGUCGGCGUUCCCGGAUUUCACCGACCAGCAGGCCGUGCAGCGGUUCUUCCUGCAGGAGGUUCAGAUGGGAGAGUCGUACUUGGAACAAGGCGACGCGGCCCGGGGCGUCGAGCACCUGGCCAACGCGGUUGUGGUGUGCGGCCAGCCCACCGAGCUGCUCAACGUUCUGCAGCGCACGCUGCCCGACCCCGUGUUCGAUAUGCUCAUCAAGAAGCUGCCGGAAUUGGGCAAGAACCUGAUGCGCCGCCAGCCGCCGCAGCAGCCGCAACAGCCACCGUCGUCGUUCGGCGGUCCGGUCAUCAGCGAGCUGGACGUGUCCGACGUCGAGUAGUGUUUCUUUUUUUUUUUGUCGAAUAUUAAUAAGUCGUUUCGUCGUUACGAUGAUAAUAUUAUUAUAAUGUUAUUAUGUUGUAAUGCGCGUGUGCAGUGGUACGAUAUCGUAUAGAGACGCCGCCCUAGCCCCGCCGGGGGGGAGCCAUACACUGCCUCCCUCUCUACACCAUCACGACUCCACCCUGCGCGUUUUUGUGUAAUAUUGUAAUUUGAUUAUUAUAUUUUUGAUUUCCAAUAAUAAAUUUCUUAGAUAAAAAAAAAAAUAUAGACUGUCGCUGUAGAAAAGAGAUUUUAUUUAUAUAUGACGAUGACUGUGCAGCGGUAUCAUAAUACACGAUAAAUAAUAAUAGUAAAAAUAAUAAUAAUAUAAGUAAUUUUUAGCCCUACAACAAUAAUCGGUCGUUGGUCGUCAGUAGUUUCACAGCCGACCGUUAAAUUCACAGUGCACGACGUGUUCGGGGUGGGUGUCGGGGUUCUAGCACUAUUUUAUAGGGUGACGGUUUUCGCGCUAUCGUAUUUUUAUUUUUCAUAUCGUACAAACUAAAAUAAUAUUGUAUAAAAUCGAACGUUGUCGUUUACUGUCACUGCAAAUUAAUGUCAUAAUGUAUAGACGAUAUCCCGUUACAAACGUUAUAUUAUCAAAUAAAAAUAUUCACGAAAAACUGCGUCGUAUUGUCGUUAUUACACUGUUAUAAUGUUAUUAUUAUUAUUAUUUUUAUUACGAAUACACGGCUAACCUAGAUUAUAAUACGUUUUGCCGUUUAUAUAGGUAAAAAAAUUUAAUAAAAUAUAUAUUAUAUAUUAUAGUUAUAGCCCGUACGCGCGUGUGCACACGGGGUAGUAUAGAUGUGAAAUGAAUUCGGACGGUUAUUUUUUUAUUAGAUUCGCUCGUCCACGGGCCGUUGUUUAUAUUUUAAUCGAGAAAUAUUAAAAGCAAUAAUAAUAUUAUACGCCAUUUUUUUGUAAUUUAAAUAAAAAUUUACAUGAAACCA